UACAUCUCUGAGAUGUGCCACGAGCGGGUCCGAGGGACGUUAGGCUCCUGUGUGCAGCUCAUGGUGGUGCUCGGCAUCAUGGGAGUAUAUCUGGCAGGUCUAUACCUGGACUGGCGUUGGCUGGCGAUCUGCAGCUCCAUCCCACCGACGCUGCUGAUGGUGUCAAUGUGCUUCAUGCCGGAGACGCCCAGGUUCCUGCUGUCUCAGGGUAAGAGGCGGGAGGCCGAGGAAGCCCUGCGCUUCCUGCGAGGACCGGACGCACCUGUCGAAUGGGAGUGUGCUCGAAUUGAGGAAGCCUGUAAUGAGCAGGGGUCCAGUUUCCAGAUGUCUGACCUGAAGGACCCUGGUGUCUACAAGCCUCUGGUGAUCGGCAUCAUGCUAAUGAUCUUUCAGCAGCUGACCGGGAUCAAUGCCAUCAUGUUCUACGCUGAAAACAUAUUUGAGCAGGCACAUUUUAAACAAAGCGACCUGGCGUCAGUGAUCGUGGGUCUGAUUCAAGUCGUCUUUACAGGAGUAGCGGCGCUGAUCAUGGACAGGGCCGGAAGAAAAGUCCUUCUCAUCUUGUCGGGCGUUGCCAUGACGAUCAGCACCACAGCGUUCGGGGUUUAUUUCUACCUGACGUCCCUACGUAACAGCACCACCUCGCUGAGCCUCCUGGAGCUGGGCGUCCCGACCCAGGCGGGUGAAGAUCCCCACGCUGACCUGGCCUGGUUGGCCUUAGCCAGCAUGGCCGUCUUCAUCACAGGUUUUGCUCUGGGUUGGGGUCCGAUACCGUGGUUGGUCAUGUCGGAGAUUUUCCCACUAAAGGUUAGAGGGGUUGCCAGCGCCGCCUGCGUGCUCACUAACUGGGGCAUGGCGUUCAUUGUCACCAAAAGCUUCCAGGAUAUGAUGAUUCUUCUAACCAGCGCUGGAACCUUCUGGCUGUUCGCCUCCGUUUGCGCCGUCAACGUCAUCUUCACCAUCGCCUUCAUCCCAGAAACUAAGGGCAAGACGCUGGAGCAGAUUGAAGCCACGUUCAGAGGGACAUCAGGUCCAUGAAUCCCCACCUCACCCACGACUCCUUUAACCUGCCAAACAAACAUCACACACAUGUCAAAAAAACUGAAAAAAUCGGAUUAAUUCAAACCUCAGACGGAUGAACUGACUGGUCCUCGUGACACUGUGUGGGCAUUUUAAAAGAAACCUUUGUUAAGCCUGUGAAGCUGACACACUUUCUUAUGAUUAGUUGUUGUUGUUUUAUAAUCUCAGAAUCACGGGGCUUAGUUGAAACAGGCCGAGAUAUGAACUGUAUAUAGAUGGUUUCACUUCCUGUUAGUUACUGACGAGUUAUACAGGAGCUGCUGAGCACUCAGUGACAGACGAAGAGUCAGCAACUUUUGGUAAUAAACUCACUUUUUCCAAGUUUAAAGCAAAAAUACUAGAUGUGGGAUUAUCAGUUUGUUAAGUCACAGUUUUUGGGUUGCUGUUUUUUUUUUUUUAAUAGUCAAAUUUGGACCUUUGACUAUAUUGAACAUUUAACAUUAUGACACUAUAGUAAUGACAGAAAGUCACAAAAAGCAUGUUAUACCCCCCUUCUCACGUUACGUUAUGUGUUUUCCCAAAAUGUUACGGUUUUAGUGUCUGUAACCAAAGAUUUCAGUCGAGU